UGGAAUAGUUUCAUCCCUAAGAAACACAAAACCAAAAUCCAAACUUGCAAUUCUCGAAAUGUUUUAUGCAAACACCCACACACAUAUAAAAUGGAAAGUAUAUUGUAACACACAAAAUAUUCAUCAAAGCACACAUUUCCAAAACAAGACAAUUCAACUAACAUUUGUAAGUAAAUGGCAAUGAGACCAAGAGGUGGUGGACCUAAUCGCCCUAACCGCCCGCCGCGACCUGCAGCUCGCCCAGUUUAUGAAGAUUUCAGGCCUGUUUCUGAGAGGCAUCAGGAGGAGGAAGCUGAAAAACUACUUAUUUUUCUUCCUGGCUUCAUGAAGGAGAGCAUUAGAGUAAGUACAGAAGGCAAGAACACAGUGAGGGUACGCGGAGAGCGCUUCAUAGGAGGCAACAAAUGGCAACGGUUUCAAGAAGAUUUUCAAGCACCAGAUGACUGUAACAUGAGAGGCAUCCAUGCCAAGUUUGAGAAUGGACUCCUCAUUAUCACUAUGCCAUGGAAAGUGCCCAAACAAUUAUUAGAUGAACACACAAAACAACCCCCUCUAAAAACCCAACCACCCUCUCACAAGGACGAUAAUGCUCCUCCCAAAACUAGUCAUCCAACCGUUGAAACCCCAAGAAAACCAAUCCCUAUAAAACCCACAGAUCAACUGCCAAAGCCUCAACACGUCGACAAAGAUCAAGAUUCUAGAGUAGAGGAAAAACAAAGAGGUGAGAGGAAAAUCUUGGAUGGCGAAACAUCAAGGAAACAAAAGGGUGACACCGGUCCUCUCGAAACUAGUCAUCCAACUGUUGAAACCCCAAGAAAACCAGCCCCUUUAGAUCCCACAGCUCAAUUGCAUUCUAAUGGAGUAAAGGAAAAACAAAGACAUGACAAGAAAAUCUUGGAUGGUGAAUCAUCAAGAACUCAAAAGGGUGAUGAUGUUCCUCCCAAAACUAUUUAUCCAACUAUUGAAGUCCCACGAAAACUAACCCCUUUAAAACCCACAGCUCAAUUACCAAAGCCUCAAAAUGCUGACAAAGAUCAAGAUUCUAGAGUAAAGGAAAAACAAAGAGAUGAGAAGAAAAUCCUUGAUGACCCAUUGAGGAGUGCUGAAUCAUCAAAGACUCAAAAGGGUGAUGAAGAUAGAGAUUUUCCACCUCUUAGACAAACCCCAUUAGGAAAAACUAGUGAUGAGAAGGAAAAACCAAAAGAUGAAAAGAAAAUCUUGGAAGGUAUCGAUCCAAAGAUUCGAAAGAUUAAAGAAGAUAUCUUGGAUCAGAACAGAAUACAGUUGAUCAAAAGUGGCAAGGAAGCUGAAAAGGGGAGCCAUGAUGCAGGAGGAAAGAAGAUUGCUGAAAAGAGUAAUGAUUUAAGAGAAGAGUUUCAAGAAAAGGUUGGACAGAUAGGAUCAAAAGAAAAGGAAAGUACAAGUAAUGUAGCAGCUGGUACCUCUUCUUAUCCUGGCAGUGAAUUCGGCAUUGGCAACUUGAAGAAAAGCCUUGUGGAACUAAAUGAAGAGAGACAACUGCUUGUUAAUGCCGGAGCUGCUGUGCUGGUGAUUAUCGCACUAGGGGCUUAUGUUUACCACUCCAUUGGAUUAGGGAAAGCUGAGUAAAUAACAACACUUCAAUUAUGUAAAAAUGAACAAAUUUACUUGGAUUGUAAUGCUUUUAAUUUGUGCAAAUAAAGGUAAAAAUGUAGGAACAAA